AUGGAAGAGCAAGUAGAACGCCUCGUAAACAAGGUUUGGGACAAAUAUCAAGAUGUUCCUGCGUCGAAACGAUUACUGAUUGCAGUAUCUGGCAUUCCAGGGUCUGGCAAAACAACGCUCGCAGCCAUAGUUUCGACCAAACUCAACGAGAAGCAUGCACAACAGUCGCCGGGUACCGCCAACAGUAAUCCACUAGCAGCCUUCAUACCAAUGGAUGGCUUCCAUCUAUCACGCCAACAGCUUGAUGCAAUGCCAGAUCCAGACAGCGCACAUGCUAGAAGAGGCGCGGCUUUCACGUUUGAUGGCGAUUCCUUCUACAGCUUGGUGAAGAAAUUACGAGAGCCUAUAUGUCCAGAGAGUUCGACUUUGUAUGCACCCAGCUUCGAUCACGCGCUCAAAGACCCGGUCGAGAACGACAUUGCCAUCUCGCCAUCCGUACGCAUCGUCAUAUUCGAAGGCAACUACUGCUCAUUGGAUAAGGCGCCCUGGAAUGAAGCAGCGAAGCUCAUGGACGAGCUCUGGUUCGUGGAUGUAGAUUUCGAUGUUGCGCGGAAGAGGUUGGUUCAUCGUCAUGUCAAGGCUGGCAUCGCCAAGAAUGAGGAGGAAGCGCGAAAGAGGGCCGAUGAGAAUGACCUUGUGAACGGACAAGAGAUAGUGGACUUGAGGCUGGAUGUACAUGAGCUGAUCAAGAGUCAAGAGGACCGCCAUUGGGCACCAGAGCAGCAAGGUGUCGGAGACGGGGAGGAUGAGGGUACUAAAGGUGGAAUAGCCGGCCGGAUAUGA